AUGAAUCGCGAUGUCAUCCAAGGAGGCACUGUGAUUGGGUCGAAUGGUGCCAAUCGCGUCACUCAAGUCGAGUGUGAAGUGAUGUUGGAACCUGGCGCUUGUUAUGUUGGUAAAACGAGAAUAGAAAGGGUGGUAAAGGAUAAAGUGAAUGUGAGAGGAGGAGAUCCAAUAACAGCACAGUUGGAGAAAUCGAAGCUUGCGAACCGGACCUCGUGGUGUCGUGCCAAUCGGGUCUUGACUAGGAUUGGCUUGCACUUGACGCAGUGGUAG